AUGGAGGGGAUGGUGAUGGAAGAGAGGAAGAUAAUGGUGGCGGAAGAGGUAGCACCGGAAACUGGAAAUAAAGGUGGUAAUGGAGGGAGUAUAAUUGGUGUAGGGACAAAUGGGAUAACCGGUGGUAAUGGUGGCGGUGGACAAGCUACUGGUGGAGGAGGCGGUGCUGGAGCUGUGACACAAGUAACGCAAGGCAGUGGUGGAGGCGGUGCUGGAGCUGUGACACAAGUAACGCAAGGCACAGGAGGAGGUGGUGAUGGUGGAGGUGGACAAGGAACCGGGGUUGGCGGUGGCGGCGGUGGUGGGCAAGGAACCGGUAUAGGAGGUGGUGGUGAUGCUUGUACACAAUUAAGACAAGGUGGUGGCGGUUGUAUAACCACCGGUGUAGCCAACGGAGGAGGAGGAGGCAAGAAAGGGUUUUGA